UCUCGACUAUUACCUGAAACAUUAUCAACCGUGGUUAUUCUUUCUAGUUGCGGUUUGGACCCCCCUUGGAUCGACUUCGGCAGUGCAUGCCUGUCUGGUUCGGCACACUCCUUAUCCGUUUCCUCUAAUAAGAACCUACAAUCUAAAGUUGAACAUAUCUUGAUAUAUAGCUGCGUCCCGAUUCUACCUUUAAAACAACAUAGCAACCAAACAUUACAACUACAUUCAACGAUGGCGUACCCUUGGCGAUCCAUUAUCGCCGUAUCUCUUGUUUCGGCAUUUCUCAUCGUAUCUCGUUGGCCACAAUGGAACAAAUCAUUACUGAGCACAUUUUUCUCUUUAUGGAGUUUACAGACUUUUUUCUACGCUGUCUGGGCAGUGAUAUUAUACCCUAAGUUCUUCUCCCCGUUGCGUGGUCUACCAGAACCAACAGGUAACUCUUGGCUUAUGGGACAAUUGCCUACAAUACAAAAAUACCCCACAGGCAUUCCCCAAAGAAAAUGGAUCGCCACUAUUCCAAACGAUGGCAUCAUUCGCUAUCUGGCUGGCUUCAACGAAGAACGUCUACUUAUUACUGGGCCAAAAGCUCUAGCAGAGGUUCUAGUUACGAAGAAUUAUGAGUUCGUUAAGCCAUAUUCGAUUCGCUUUGGACUUAGCCGUCUUCUGGGUGUAGGAAUACUACUAGCCGAGGGCGACGAACAUAAAUUCCAGCGCAAGGGUCUCAUGCCCGCCUUCGCGUUUCGACAUGUGAAGGAUCUUUAUCCCGGGUUUUGGCGAAAGGGUCGUGAGGUCGUCCAGGCUAUGUCGAAGCAAAUUAUCGCCGACACACAAAGUGAAGGAUCCGUCCAAGACCCAGAGAAGGCAAACAAGACCGCAGUUAUCGACGUCGGGAAUUGGGCAUCUCGCGUAACGUUAGAUAUUAUUGGAUCAUCUGGACUUGGGCGGGAUUUCGGUGCUAUUCAACAUCCAGACACCGAGCUUAACCAAACAUACAGACGAGUUUUCAAGCCCACCAGACAAGGCCAGAUGCUGCAAAUGCUGGCUGUAUUCCUCCCAGACUGGCUAAUUGGUCGAAUUCCUGUUCAGCGCAAUCAUGACAUCAACGCCGCGGCACAGACUAUUCGAAAUAUAUGUCGGGAUCUGAUUCGGGAAAAGAAGGACAAGUUAUCUCGCAAGGAGUUGACGGACCGUGAUAUUCUUGCCGUAGCCCUGGAGUCGGGUGUCUUCACGGAAGACAACCUCGUCGAUCAACUCAUGACUUUCCUAGCCGCCGGCCAUGAGACGACUGCCAGCGCAAUGACAUGGGCGAUAUACCUACUCAGCAAGUACCCUGAUAUCCAAAAACGACUACGCGCCGAAAUCCGCGAGCGCUUGCCCCCUAUUGACUCAGACCAAGAAGUCACGAGUCUAGAAAUCGACCACAUGCCCUACCUCAACGCCGUCUGUAACGAAGUCCUACGCUACUACGCUCCAGUUCCCCUCACGCGGCGAGAAGCCGCUGUCGACACGGAAAUAUUAGGGCAGAAAGUACCUAAAGGAACAUCGAUUAUGCUAUCUCCAUGGGCCACCAACUUCGACCCGAACCUCUGGGGACCCGAUGCCCACGAGUUCAACCCCGACCGAUGGAUGCCCAAGGGUCCCGAUGACAAGAGAGGUGCUAGUGGUGGUGCAUCAAGUAAUUACGCAUUCUUGACUUUCCUCCACGGUCCUAGGAGUUGCAUCGGUCUAGCUUUUGCAAGAGCAGAAUUCGCGUGCCUUCUUGCGACUUGGGCUGGUCGGUUCGAGUUCGCGCUGAAGAAUAAGGAAGAGAUUGAUGAAAGGAAGAUUGUUAUUAAGGGUGGCAUCACUGCUAGACCCCAUAACGGUAUGCAUGUUUACGCGACGAUUGUGGAUGGAUGGUAAGAUGUGUAUGAUGUGUUUGUGGAUAAUAUCUAAUGUGUAUAUGGAUUUUUGAGAUAUAUUUGAUGACGGGAAAUUGUAUGAUGUCUCCUACUCUUAAAUUGUAUGUACGGGUUGGGUGGCAAAAGUAUCUAGGUAGGUAGAUAGGGUCCUAUUACUGAAGGAAGA